UUUUAAUUAUAUUUCGAUGAAUCAAAUCAAAAUGUUUUGUGGUGCAGGUAAGACUGCUCUUCACAUAGCAGCUGCGGUUGGUCAUGUAGAUUGUGUGAAGAUCCUUCUUGCUGCUACUGAUCCCAACUGUCAGGAUGAUGAUGGAUGGACACCUCUACACUGUGCAGCGAGGGGCAACCAUUCUGGAGUUCUUCAAGUUUUAUUAAAUGAUUCACGCUGUGAUCCGUCACUUCCUUCUAAAGUAAAAGGUAAGAGCGCUCUUCACAUAGCAGCUGCGGUUGGUCAUAUAGAUUGUGUGAAGAUCCUUCUUGCUGCUACUGAUCCCAACUGUCAGGAUGAUGAUGGAUGGACACCUCUACACUGUGCAGCGAGGCGCAACCAUUCUGGAGUUCUUCAGGUUUUAUUAAAUGAUUCACGCUGUGAUCCGUCACUUCUUUCUAAAGUAAAAGGUAUUGUCCUAAAAAUUUCGUUUUCCUUAAUAAAGUCUGCCUCCAUAACUAUGCCUUUGUCUAUAUUGUGAGUGUGUUUGUACUUUUCUAUGUGUAUCUAAUAAACAUUAUAUGGUUACAAGGGUUGAGUCUCAGCUGCUGCCAUAAUUUUCUUGUUGCAACUUACCAGAUUCGAUCUACAUACAUCUUUAUCUAGUCCAUUCCUCUUCCUGACCAUCCUGAGUUUAAAUUAUGUCUUGAAUUCUUCAUAUCUCUUCUGUAUAUUACCUUCUCUAAUCUUUCAAACAGUCAAAUUCUGUCUAUCAUCUAAAUUCCCUAAAAUUAUUUUGUAUAGUUAUACAACGUCUCCACUUGUUCUUUUAUCAAAUGCUUGAACCCCUUAACUGGGGAUAAUUCUUGCUGAUAUAUCAAGUGUUAGUUAAACUCUAGUGUUGCAUAUUCCAAAAUGGGCAUGACAAAUAUUAUAUAGAGGGUUUCGAAUGAUGGUUGAGAUUCCUGAAGCUACUCUUAGAUUUAUUGUGAAGGAUUACUCAGCCCUGUAACAAUUUCAGUCAGUAUUACUCAGGCUGGCUCCUCCUCAGGAAAAUUAAUGAAUAGAAAAAGAAAUAACAGACAAACACUAUUAUAUAGAAUAUAAAAUAUAAAACACUUAAAUAUGAAAUAUUAAUCCUACAUUAAAGAAAAUGAAAAAUGAAAAAUAUAAAUAACUGAAUUCAACGCUAAUAAAGGUGUCUGGUGUUGGUGACACUGUUGUUGCAAUCGUAGCCGUUGCUGAUGAUGGGGUGGGGGUCGCAGGUGUUGGUGACCACCACUGGCUAGUUCGUCACAGUAUACCAGUGAGUAAUCUCUCCCGAUGACAGGAAAGCAGGUUCUUUACCGCUGCAAUGCUGUGGAGUUACGUCAUGCAAUUUCAUACAGGUACACAGGUAGUUCAAAAAUGGAGAAGUCUCUGGACGUUAGUCCUUCUCCUGUUCUCCUCGUUGAUGGCCAGGUGACCCUCUCUGACAUCCAAGCUGGAAAGAUAGACAGGUUACCCACUGCUUAAAUAAUCACUCUCCGUGGUAAGUCUGAUACUUAAAAGAUGUGGUGAUUAUUACAACAGUCAACAUAGAGCAAGGCUGAAAAGACUAAGUUUAUUAUUGAUCAAAAGUGAAGAUUUCAACCAAUAAAUCCACUAGAAUACAAGACAGGCAUGUACUUACAGUA